AUGGAGGUAUGGAAACUUGAUGAUGAUGAUGGUGACUUAUUCAGACAGAACAAGCGACAAGAUGAGGAUGACGAGGAAGAACUGGAAUGGGCGGCGAUCGAAAAGUUGUCGACUUACGACCGACUAAGGAAGAGAAUGUUUAACAUGAUUCUUGAUAACGGGAAAGUUGUUCAAAAAGAAGUUGAAGUCACCAAACUUGGGAGGCAGGAAAGGAAACAGUUAAUGGAAAGUGUAUUCCAGAUUGUUGAACAAGACAAUGAAAAGUUUCUUAAGAGACUCCGACAAAGAACUGAUCGGGUUGGAAUUGAAAUCCCGAGAAUUGAAGUUCGAUAUGAGAAACUAUCUAUUGAAGGAGACGUUUAUGUUGGAAGUAGGGCACUUCCUACGCUCUUUAAUGCUUCCUUGAAUCUUAUUGAGAGCAUUCUCGAGCUAUUUCGUCUAUCCCCUUCAAAGAAAAGAAGAAUUCAGAUUCUCAAGCAUGCAAACGGCUUUGUCAAACCAUCUCGGAUGACAUUGCUACUUGGACCCCCUGGUGCAGGGAAGACAACAUUGUUGCUAGCCAUUGCUGGAAAGCUUGAUAAAAAUUUAAGGAAUGCUCUAAAUAUUUUGCAGACUUGUGGGAAAAUUACAUAUUGUGGAGAAGAGUUACAAGAUUUUAUUCCUCAAAGAACCUCUGCUUAUAUUAGUCAACACGAUCUUCACCAUGGAGAAAUGACUGUUAGAGAAACUUUGGAUUUCUCUGGAAGAUGUUUCGGAGUUGGAACAAGAUAUGACCUAUUGGUUGAACUCUCGAGACGAGAGAAAGCAGCAGGAAUUCAACCAGAUCCUGAUAUCAAUGCAUUCAUGAAAGCCAUAGCAGUUUCAGGACAAGAAAACAGUUUAAUUACAGAUUAUGUUCUCAAGAUACUUGGAAUGGAAAUUUGCGCUGAUACAAUGGUUGGCAGUGAAAUGAGGCGUGGCAUAUCUGGAGGACAAAAGAAGCGCGUGACCACUGGAGAGAUGUUGGUUGGACCAGCAAAAGUUCUUCUAAUGGAUGAAAUAUCAACUGGAUUGGAUAGUACAACUACUUUUCAAAUUGUCAAAUUCAUGAGGCAGAUGGUACAUAUAAUGGAUGUAACUAUGGUUAUUUCUCUUCUACAGCCUGCCCCCGAGACUUAUGAUCUUUUUGACGAUAUUAUUUUACUUUCGGAAGGUGAAAUUGUCUAUCAAGGUCCACGAGAGAAUGUUCUUGAGUUCUUUGAGUACAUGGGUUUUAAAUGUCCCGAAAGGAAAGGAGUGGCUGACUUUCUACAAGAGGUCACGUCUAAGAAAGAUCAAGAACAAUAUUGGUUCAAAAAAGAUCAAUUUUAUAGAUAUGUUUCUAUUUCAGAAUUCGUGGAUGGUUUCAAUGGAUUCCACAUUGGCCAACAGUUAGCAGACGAACUUAGUCUUCCUUAUGAUAAAUCCAAGGCUCAUCCAGCAGCAUUGGUGAAAGAAAAGUAUGGUCUCUCUAAUAAGGAGAUUUUCAAAGCUUGUUUUGACAGGGAAUGGCUAUUAAUGAAGCGGAAUAGUUUUAUUUACAUAUUCAAGACUAUUCAAAUAACGAUUAUGUCAUUGAUAUGUAUGACGGUUUUCUGGAGGUCUACAAUGCCAUAUGGCUCCUUGAAGGAUGGAGGAAAAUAUUUUGGAGCUCUCUUCUUUGGUCUUAUCAAUGUGAUGUUUAAUGGUAUGACGGAACUAGGGAUGACUGUUUUUAGGCUCCCGGUAUUUCAUAAGCAGAGAGAUUUCCUGUUUUUUCCGUCGUGGGCUUUUGCCUUGCCAAUUUGGAUUCUUAGGAUUCCUGUGUCUUUCACUGAAUCAUUAAUAUGGAUUGUUCUAACAUAUUACACAAUAGGAUUUGCUCCGGCUGCAAGCAGGUUCUUCCGGCAAUUCUUGGCAUUCUUUGGAAUACAUCAAAUGGCACUGUCCCUUUUCCGUUUUAUUGCUGCAGUGGGAAGAACAAUGGUUAUGGCAAGUACAUUGGGGUCAUUUACCUUGCUCUUGGUAUUUGUUCUUGGAGGUUUUGUAGUUGCUAAAAAUGACAUUCAGCCUUUUAUGAUAUGGGGUUACUAUAUUUCUCCUAUGAUGUAUGGUCAGAAUGCCGUUGUCAUGAAUGAAUUUCUAGACAAGAGAUGGAGCACUCCAAAUGUGGAUACGAGGAUUGAUGCAUCUACGGUUGGAGAAGUACUACUCAAGUCAAGAAGCUUCUACACACACGAUUCCAUGUUUUGGGUUUGUAUUGCUGCACUCUUUGGGUUUUCCGUUCUCUUCAACUUUUUCUUCAUUGCAGCGUUGACAUUUUUAAACCCAUUAGGGAAUUCAAAAGUUGUUAUCUUAGAGGAAGAUGCUGACAAGAACAAGAAUUCUUCUUCUGAAGGUUUGCAUUGUAACUCGACACCAACCAACUUGGCAGAUAAAACUGUUUCAAGAAAAGGAAUGAUUUUGCCCUUCCAACCCCUUUCACUCGCUUUCAACCACAUCAACUAUUAUUUGGACAUGCCGUCUGAAAUGAAAAGUCAAGGAAUUCAAGAAGAUUGUCUGCAACUACUAAGAGAUGUUAGUGGCGCUUUCCUCCCUGGGAUUCUGACAGCCCUAGUCGGUGUUAGUGGUGCUGGGAAAACCACUCUAAUGGAUGUUCUAGCUGGACGAAAGACAGGUGGGUACAUAGAAGGAAGCAUUAGCGUUUCAGGUUAUCCUAAAAACCAAGCAACAUUUGCUCGAAUUAGUGGGUACUGUGAGCAGAACGACAUUCAUUCACCUUAUGUUACGGUUUAUGAGUCUCUUCUAUUCUCGGCAUGGCUAAGACUCUCGAAAGAUGUGAAUGCUAAAACACGCAAGGUGUUUGUUGAAGAAGUGAUGGAGUUGGUUGAGCUUAAUCCAAUAAGGAAUUCUCUAGUGGGUCUUCCUGGUGUGGAUGGUCUUUCCACUGAACAGAGGAAGAGGCUGACAAUAGCUGUAGAAUUGGUUGCUAAUCCUUCUAUAGUAUUCAUGGAUGAACCGACAUCUGGACUUGACGCAAGAGCUGCUGCCAUUGUCAUGAGAACUAUCAGAAAUACAGUCGACACUGGAAGAACCGUUGUUUGCACAAUUCACCAGCCUAGCAUAGACAUUUUCGAGGCUUUUGAUGAGUUACUUUUGAUGAAGAGAGGAGGUCAAGUCAUCUAUGCCGGACCUCUAGGCCAACAGUCUCACAAGCUAAUUGAGUACUUUGAAACUAUCCAAGGGGUUACCAAGAUUACAAAAGGUUACAAUCCGGCAACAUGGAUGUUGGAAGUUACGUCUCCUCACGUGGAAUCCCAAUUCAAUUUGGAUUUUGCAGAGGUUUAUGCAAACUCAUCGCUUUAUCAGAGGAAUCAAGAACUCAUUAAAGAACUCAGUACCAAGUCACCCGGUUCCCAGGAUCUCUAUUUCCCAACCAAGUAUUCUCAAUCAUUCACCUCUCAGUGUCAAGCUUGUUUCUGGAAACAACACUGGUCUUACUGGAGGAAUCCGCAAUAUAAUGCCAUUCGACUCUUCGUAACAAUAGUUAUCGCUUGCAUAUUUGGCUUAAUAUUCUGGAACAAAGGGCAGAUAUUAUCGAAAGAACAAGAUUUGAUGAAUCUUUUUGGAGCUCUCUACUCAGCCAUUCUUUUCCUUGGAGCGACAAACGCUUUGUCAGUUCAGCCCGUUGUAGCUAUUGAGAGAACAGUAUUCUACCGCGAAAGAGCAGCCGGGAUGUACUCAUCCUUGUCAUAUGCAUUUGCUCAGGUCGCCAUAGAAACAAUAUACAUUUUAAUACAAACGGCGGUGUACACUCUUAUCCUCUACUCCAUGAUCGGUUUUGUAUGGACUUCUACAAAGUUCUUGUGGUUCUACUUAUUUAUCGUAAUGUGCUUCAUCUAUUUCACCAUGUUUGGAAUGAUGGUUGUCGCACUCACACCUGGCCUCCAAAUUGCGGGCAUCCUGAUGUCUUUCUGUUUUAGCUUUUGGAACUUAUUCUCCGGUUUCCUCAUCCCUAGACCGCAAAUACCAAUUUGGUGGAGGUGGUAUUAUUGGGGGUCUCCGAUAGCUUGGACACUAUACGGGCUACUGACAUCGCAGGUUGGCGAUAGAGAGUCGCCAUUGGAGGUGCCCGGUUCAGAUAGUAUUCCGAUAAAGAUGUAUCUAAAAUCGGAGUUUGGUUUCGAAUAUAACUUCCUACCAGCAGUUGCGGUUGCUCAUGUUGGUUGGGUUGUUUUAUUUUUUCUUGUCUUUGCUUGUGGAAUCAAGUACCUUAAUUUCCAAAGGAGAUAAUAAUAAGAAUUGAUUUUCUUGUUGAAAAUGAUAAUGUCUUUUUUUUUUAAUGAUAAACACAUACUAAUAUGUAGAAUAUAUGUGGUUCUAGAUCAAUUAAUAAAAUUCCAAAUAUUUUUUAAUGAUUUAAUCUUUA